ACCGACGGCUCACCAGUGCAUUAAGGGAUGUCGGAAGGGUGCGAACCGGACCCGCAGACAAGAACAAAAAAACAAGUUUCAAAUCUUUCAAACCUUUCGCGUGUAACGGACCGCGCUUUCGCUGUGCUACGGGACUGACCACUAGGUUCUCUGGUACGUUUUUGUGCUGUGCAAAAAGAGAUUUUUGGUGUUGUUCCUUCGUACUUCGGGAAGAUCCCACACGGGAAGACUGUUUUGUGACCCCAAAGUGGAUCGCAGCAACGGUGGUGAUCAAGAUCGUGUAAGUUGCUGCUGCUGCUGCUGCUGUGUUGACGGGGAAAAAGGACUUUGAUUUGUUCUAAAGCACCAUUAGCGUUAACAAGGACAAAGGAACAACAACAAAAAACGAAAAGCAGCUCACCCGAAAACAAACCUUAAUCGGUUUUAAUUAAAUUAGGAAAAAGCUGCGCUUGCCUGUGGCCAGUUGGCACGGCUCGGUAAGCUUUCCGAUACGGUUCCGUGACGAGGCCGCGGCGCUGAUUGUACAUGUGACACACAUCUUUUUGUGCAUAUAAUCCCACUUAGAAGUAUCCGUGUACCCGUAUAUAUAUAUACAUGUGUGUAUGAUUGUGUGUAUGUGUCCGUGUAAGUGUGUCAUUUAGUGUAGCGGAACGGUAAAUAUUAGUACCCCAAUCCCCGCUCGCCCACCCAACCGGUGGGACUGUUUGUUUGGCAGCAGCAAAAUAGGCAAACAAACAAACAUCCCGCGUUUUCCUGUACAGUGCGUGGUGCUUAAACGGCAUCGUGUCUAGUAGUUACUUUUGUGCUGGCUUAGCUCACGAACCCACAAGCAAGAACACGAACUACUCUCUCGACUUUGCAAGCGUAAGUUGGCCCCGCAGAGCAGAUGGGACGAGCGGAAGCUUUUGAGAUUUGUUCCCGUAGUUUUGAUUGAUUCGUGAGCUCGUGAAACAAAAAAACAAGCCGUACUUCAUGCAGGAUCAAACGCAAAAGCCUGCGACGGUUCGUUAGUGUAACUAGCUUUAAAGUUUAAAGAAAAAGGUAAAGUGAGAGAGCAAAUCAAACAAAAAUUGAAAGGUAAGCGAUGUUGCAAAGAGAGUAAGUACGAAACUAAAACAAAGCAUCUCUAGAGCGGGCAGUGGAAUAGCAAAGGAAAAGAAAGUAAUAGUAGAAGAAAUUUCCUUCACUAAAGCGUGCCUUGAGUGUUGAAUACAGAAGCGAAAGGAAAGCAAGUGCGAAGAAGAAGCAGUGUAACGUUAAAGUGAAAUUAAAAAAAGAGUAGCAAAAGUUGAUGCAUAAAUUGAAUUCGUUCGAUGUAAGCGGGUGCAGAGCGAUUGUGUGUGUGUGUGUGGUUGUGUAAGUAAAGCGAAGGAAGAAAAUUCAUUCAAAGAAGCAAAGGUGAAAAUUGUGUAAACGAGCGACACACUAGAUCGCACCUCCAAGCCCCGUUCGCGCGGAAGUGAAACCCGCGUUCGUGUCCGUGGUGGUUUGUUUGUGCGCUGUCGGGUGUUGGAGUGAGAUUUUUUCUUUCUUUCCCCCCCCGACUCCAAUCGGAAAGUGUGCUGUGUCCGUGUGUGUCGAGUAAGAAUCUGUGAGUGUGUGUCUGUGUCUGUGUUCUGCGUGGACCUCCAGCUGCAUCGUUGGUUAGAUAGCUUGCCGCUUCUACCUUCAACACGUUAUCCUGACACCCGGGCUCCGGCACCGGAAAUGGCAUCCAGUCGACGACCGGUGCAAACGAUGGCGCUGGUGGUGUUCGUGAUUGCAUCGCUCCUGGCGACCAGUUGCACAGCCGACGAAUCCGUUACAGAUCUCGCAACGCGUUGCCAAAGCGUGCAGUGUCCGACGAGCUGCCCACCGGACAGCUACCUGCAGAGCCCGCUCGAUCUCGGUUACGCCGACGAGUACGAUGAGUCCGACUCGAAUGAGCGCGAAAAGCGCGCGAUCGCCAUGAACACCAAUGCGCACGGGCCGAUCAAGAUCAUCCCGAGUGCGCUGCAGUUCCCGUACGCCAACAGUGUCCAGCGACUCCAUCGGCAUCUGGCCAAGCGAGACACGAUCGAAACGCCCUUCGCCGCCCAAACCGACUACGCCGAGCUGCAGCAACUCUGCUGCCCACGGUGCACCUGUCUGCCCUGCCCGGAGCAACCGGUCUGUCCGCCCGACACCAAACCACUGAUCGUGGACCAGCAGGAACCCCAGCACGGACAGCCGGGCAACUGCUGCCCGGCCGUACACUGUCAGCCCGAACCGGUCAUGUGCUUCUCGAGCACGCAUCGCACCUCCUUCCCGGCCAAUGCCACCUGGCAGGAGGAUGCGUGCACCGUUUGCCGGUGCGAGGCCGGUGAGCCCAAGUGUCAGACUUCGCUCUGCAAACCACUGAACUGCGAGCACAAGCUGGUGCUGCCGAACGUGUGCUGCCCGGUGUGCGAUCCGGCCAAGUCCAUCUUCUGCGAGGAGCACAACUGUGCGAUCUGGUGCAAGUACGGGUACGAACGGCGCGCCGAUGGCUGUGCGCUGUGCAAGUGUCUCACGUCGCCGCUGCCUGCAACGCCGAUCGAGGUCGCGAGUACUACCGCCAGGACGAGCCAGGACGAGCCGAGCCGCACGGUCGACGGUCACGCUGGGGACGCUUUGCAGGACGGCAAACAGGAAACGGCGGACCGGACGGAUGGUUGGUUCAAUGAUUUGCGCAUUGUGUUGCUGCUGCUCGGUGCCGUGCUGCUGCUGCUCGUGAUCGUUACCCUGCUCUAUCGGCAGGUCACCAUCGAGAGCGUGAAGAAGUGGCUCAAGCUGCUGUUCCGCUGCAACCAGCUGCCGCAGCGCAAAACGGCCUACAACCGGGUGUCCAGUACGGCGCCACCGAUCGCGCCUACUCCUGCUCCGACCGCGAAUGACAGCAGUAUGGCCUAAAGUAAAGUUUUGUUUUGUUUUAUUUUUUGACAGAUAGGCAGCAUAUUGCUCCUUUUUCCUUUUCCCAUUCGAUUGAGUUUCGAGAUUUAGUUAUGUAACUUUUAAUUUUCUUCUUUGUUCGAAUUUUUGUUCGACCUACAAAAGGUCACUCUAACUGUCACUUUGUGCUUCAGUAUCGUUCUACGAAACGAAACGAUUGAUUGAUGAGAGAGAGUUAUGAUUCACUUUAAUCUACAUGUUUCUACAUCAAGAAUGGUGCGCCUUUGAAGGCUCACCAUUUCUUCUAUUUAAUAUUAUUUCUACCUUUCAAUCGACACGUUCUGUUCUGUCCGUGAUCAGUGACCUGUGAUCCUGAUCGCACAAGAGUACAGAAAAAGAUUUAAACACUAAAUAAUCUACCAACCAUAAUUUGUGAUAGUAAUUAAAGUAUGAGAAAAACGUAAAAUUGAUACAAAUGAAAGCAAGCAAAAACAAAACGCAAAAAAAAAGCUAAACGAAAGUAUCGGAAAAGCCAACGAGCAAACGAGCAAUGAGAUGUGCAAAC